GUCGCGAGGCCGGCGCGGAGCCGCCGCCGCCGCCAUGGUGAAGGAGACCACGUACUACGAUGUGCUGGGCGUGAAGCCCAGCGCGUCCUCCGAGGAGCUGAAGAAGGCGUACCGCAAGCUGGCGCUCAAGUACCACCCCGACAAGAACCCCAACGAGGGCGAGAAGUUCAAGCACAUCUCCCAAGCCUACGAGGUGCUGUCCGACCCGAAGAAGCGCGAGCUCUAUGACAAGGGCGGCGAGCAGGCCAUCAAGGAGGGCGGCUCCGGCGGAGGCUUCGGCUCCCCCAUGGACAUCUUCGACAUGUUCUUCGGCGGCGGAGGGAGGAUGCAGAGGGAGAGGCGAGGCAAAAACGUUGUGCAUCAGUUGUCAGUAAGCUUAGAAGACAUGUACAAUGGUGCCACAAGAAAACUAGCAUUGCAAAAGAAUGUGAUCUGUGACAAAUGUGAAGGUCGUGGUGGUAAGAAGGGCGCAGUGGAGUGCUGUCCCAACUGCCGAGGCACGGGCAUGCAGAUCAGGAUCCACCAGAUUGGGCCCGGAAUGGUGCAGCAAAUCCAGUCCGUGUGCAUGGAGUGUCAGGGGCACGGGGAGCGCAUCAGCCCCAAGGACCGGUGUAAGAGCUGCAACGGGCGGAAAAUCGUCAGAGAAAAGAAAAUACUAGAGGUGCACAUUGACAAAGGAAUGAAGGAUGGUCAGAAAAUAACAUUCCAUGGUGAAGGGGACCAAGAGCCAGGACUAGAGCCAGGGGAUAUAAUUAUUGUCUUGGAUCAAAAAGAUCACCCUACGUUUAGAAGACAAGAUGAAGAUCUUCUGUUAUCUAUGGAUCUACAACUGGUUGAAGCACUAUGUGGCUUUCAAAAACCUAUCACAACACUGGAUAACAGGACUAUAAUCAUUACUUCCCAUCCUGGCCAGGUUGUCAAGCAGGGGGAUGUUAGGUAUGUGUUGAACGAAGGGAUGCCAAUUUAUCGCAGACCCUACGAGAACGGACGACUGUUCAUAGACUUCAGGGUGAUCUUUCCAGAGAAUGGCUUCCUGUCCUUGGAUAAGCUGUCUUUACUGGAAAAACUGCUACCGUCAAGGCAGGAGAUAGAAGUGACUGAGGAAAUGGAGCAGGUGGAUUUAGUGGACUUUGAUCCAUCCCAAAAAAGGAAACACCACUAUAACGGAGAAGCCUAUGAAGAUGAUGAGCAUCACCCCAGAGGUGGUGUUCAAUGUCAGACAUCGUAAAAGAGCCAGUGAAUAACUUGUGAUGCUUGUUUUGUAUGCGCUAGUGGAUGAGUGAAGGACUACAAGCAGUUAACCCUCACUUCCUGCUACUUGUUGUUUAUUCAGCCAUAGUUGUUUCUUAAAGCAAAAAGAAAUAAACUAAGUAAUUAAACUGACUUUACAAUUUGAAGCUCCAGGAGGCAAACUCAGACGAAGUUGAUUGCACUUCACCCCUGCCUGUUGGUCAAGAAAACUCCCCUGCUUGUCUUUAUUUCAAGCCUUGUAAUUCCUGUACGUGUGCAAUUACCCAGGCUUAGACUAAGAUUGUCGUGUUCUUUUUGGUAUUCUAGAUCUUAUACUCUGUUAAUGAAGUAUGCACAAGUACUUAUGGUAAAAUGUAGUUAAAAUUUUGUACUAAUUAGAGUAACUUGUUACUGUUCUGGGCUUGUACUGGUGUUUAUCUAGCGAGGCCUGGCUCCAGUGUAACCACAUAGUAUGUGAACCUGAGAAGGAUGUGGACAGUCUUCACAGGCCUGCUGAAGUCAUGCAGUUCCCCAGCUGUCUCAAGUUACUGCACUUAAGGUCAAACAGCCCCUCGGUGGCUGUCCUGGUGCCGGAGCUAGAUGUGAAGCCCUGUUUCAGCACUGACUGCUCCAUGGUCGCUCCUCUCUGUGGCUGCUUGGCUGCUGCAAGACCUUCUUUCCCUACGACGCAGGAUUAAAAACCUCCAGGGCUUAUUGACUCAGUGCUGCUGUUUGGAAGCGGUUCAGCCUGCCAGCAUGCGAAGCUCGACUUCCCCUCUGAUUACUGAAAUUACAUAGGCUUAGCUUGUAUGGAAAUGAAAGCAGCAGCAUCCCUGC